UCAAAUAAAUACUUGUGUUAUUUAAUCGAAACGAUUAUAUACAUACAUCUUCGAAAUAAACAUAAAACAGUAGUUCGGUAGUUCGGUUAUCAUUACUAUUAUAGAUAUCCUGCUUUGAACAAGUUGAUUUUUAUAUAAUAAAAUUUCACAAAGUCUCGUAUUAAUUAGUCAUGAGCAAGCUAUGCAGGCAAGUUUCCAUAGAGUCACCUGGACAAGCUCUGAGGGAGUGUGUCUUUAGUUUCGAUGUUCCAGUGCCUGAUGUACCCAUGUAUGGAGCCAGAAUAAGAGUUGUAUAUGCUGGAGCUUGUUAUAGAGCUCAUCGCACACGUUCUGCCUCAGUGUGUAGUACAUCAUCUGUGUCGUCAAUUGGAAGUCUCUCUGGAGAAUUUGAGGGGUUCGGUUUCCAUUCAACCACUCCAUCACAUAUUGGCUUCCGUGAUGGUGCUCUGUUCCCGGGAUAUGAGGUAGCUGGAAUUGUUGAUGCUAUUGGAAAAGCAGCUGAGACUGAUGGCAUUUGUGAAGGGGCUAGGAUCGUCCUAUAUCCUUACGAGGGUGUACCACAUGGGUAUGCAGACUUUAUUGUCGUUCCAGAUUUUAAAUGCCUUGUGCCAGUUCCAGAUAGCUUGCCUUUGAGCGUAGCUGCAAUGCUACCAACAGGCGCCUUAUUGGCCACAAAUACUGUAUAUACGGCAAUUGAUAGCCUGAACAAAAUCAUUGAAGGCCCUAAUAGGAAGGAUAAAGUGACAGUAUUGAUUGUUGGAACAGGUGGCUUAGCUCUUUGGGCUCUCCGUAUUGCAUCCCAUUUGUUUAAACAAAGCCCACACCAUUCGAAAAUUAAUAUAUCUGUUGCAACAAUUAAAGAUGAAGGCUUUGUCCUAGCCAAAGAAAGUGAAGAGGUAAAAGUCGUACAAUGGUCUGAAGAUUUAUAUGAACGCCAAUUGAUCGAGCGCACAACAGAUGCCUGUGGAGGGCCAGUUGAUAUUGUACUCAACUUUGGUACCACAUCACGAUCAUUGCACCGUUCAUUGCAAUGUCUUGCUCCUGGUGGCAUGGUUCUUGUGACUGAGAAUGUUGGUGAGAAAUUGCUACCGAAAUUUGCUAAGAAGGCAGAGGAUAUGAAUGUUAGCAUUGUUGUUGUGCCAAAUGGCACAAUUGAACAGUUAAGAGAACUAGUUCAGCUAGUUGCUAACGGCGAGAUUGAACCCCCACCACAUUCAGUCUUUCCAGCGGAUGAGGCACCGGAAGUUGUGAGAAAGCUUUGUAAUUCUGAGAUACAAGGUCGAGCGAUUUUGAAAUUCCACGAUGUUGACUAAAAUGUCUCCUCGUAACCAAAUCAAAACAGUAAUUGGUAACAAUAGAAAAGUUGGUCAUGAUUCGGAAACAAAAAUGCUACAAAGAACAAUGUGUAGUAUUCAUUCAACAAAAUAUACAUUACUAUAGAAUUUGAAAAUUAAAAUAUGAUUCUUUAGUUGCCAUAUAUUUAUGUGAUUGGCGAAUUAUAAUUGCCUAUAAUAUAAGCCUAUAUUAACUGAUUCUUAAUAUACAACAAAUAUACAAGAUUUGUAUUAUGAGUAGCC